CCAUCCAUUUCCCUGCAAAUUCCAUGAUUUUGUCAUUUUUUAGUGCUGCGUAAUACUCCAUGGUGUAUAAAUGCCACAUUUUUUUUAUCCAUUCAUCUAUUGAAGGGCAUCUGGGUUGGUUCCACAGUCUAGCAAUUGUGAAUUGUGCUGCUAUGAACAUCGAUGUACCAGUAUCCCUGUAGUACGCUCUUUUAAGGUCUUCAGGAAAACUGGAAAUCCAUAUGCAACAAAAUGAAACUGAAUCCCCUCCUCUCGCCAUGCACAAAAGUUAACUCAAAGUGGAUCAAGGAGCUAGAUAUCAAAUCAGAGACUCUGCGUCUGAUAGAAGAAAAAGUUGGCUCCGAUCUACAUAUUGUAGGGUCGGGCUCCAAAUUCCUUAAUAGGACACCCAUAGCACAAAAGUUGAUAACAAAAAUCAACAAAUGGGACUUACUUAAACUGAAAAGUUUUCUCUCAGCAAGAGAAACAAUAAAAGAGGUAAAUAGGGAGCCUACAUCAUGGGAACAAAUUUUUACUCCUCACACUUCAGAUACAGCCCUAAUAUCCAGAGUAUACAAAGAACUCAAAAAAUUAAACAAUAAGAAAACAAAUAACCCAAUCAACAAAUGGGCCAAAGACCUGAACAGACACUUCUCAGAGAAGGACAUACAGUCAAUCAACAAGUACAUGAAAAAAUGCUCACCAUCUCUAGCAGUCAGAGAAAUGCAAAUCAAAACCACCCUAAGAUACCAUCUCACUCCAGUAAGAUUGGCAGCCAUUAUGAAGUCAAACAACAACAAGUGCUGGCGAGGAUGUGGGGAAAAGGGUACACUUGUACAUUGCUGGUGGGACUGCAAACUGGUGCGGCCAAUCUGGAAAGCAGUAUGGAGACUCCUGGGAAAGCUGGGAAUGGAACCACCAUUUGACCCAGCUAUUGCCCUUCUUGGACUUUUCCCUGAAGACCUUAAAAGAGCGUACUACAGGGAAAAUUUCCUUUUUUUAUGCACAUUGGGACAAUCUGAGGAUGGAAAAUAGUUUGCUCACAGACCUCUUUUAUCUCACAGGAUUCCCAGUGACUUUUCCCAGAAUGGUGGUCCAUAGAAUUCAGUUUGAGAAACACCACAUUCAGAAAUUAGGCUGGGGAUGGAUUAUGUGAUAUCCUGUUACUUCAUAGCCUAUUUCCGCAGGCAAAACCAGUCUUGUCACUCUGUCUCUAGCAGAUUAGAAUGUUCCUCAAAGCUACAUUCCUCAGCCUUCUUUGCAUCCAGAUGUUGGCAUGUGGCCAAGUUCUGGAUCUCCUGCAUAACAUAGAAGUGAUAAAUAUGACUUUUAGUUCACAUUUUCAAUUGUAAAGCUGAUUUCUCUCUUCCUUUUAAUCCUUUCUAAUGGGUCACAGUAAAGAUAUGGAAGGGGCGACUCAGCUUGGACCUUGUGUAAGUGGUAUAAAACCCUCCAGAGGAUGUAGAACAACUAGAUAGAAGGGAUACAUAGAUGAUCUCACAGUGGCCCCCACCUGCCUACCUACUCAAAAAGCAAAUGUCCCUUUUGUUUGAGUCCCAUUGUAUUUUGAGGUCUGUGUGUUAUAGCGUGUUUGCCUGUAUCUUGUCCAGCAGUGGACCAAGCCAGUCAAGAGUCUCUAAGAAAUUGAGACAUAGUGAGAGGGAUGUUAUUGGAAGCUCUCAAAAAGUGAUACUGCAGAAGCCCCAAGAAUGGUUACCCAGAGUUAAAACCUGGAAGAGAAGAACAACCAAGACAUGGAUGUGGGCUAUUUUAUAGAGCAUAACUAUUUACCUUGUGGUCACUUGGCUUCCACACACCCUUUUCAUUUCUGGUUAGCAGUCCAACUUUGACAUUAUGACUUCCCUAAAUAAAGCCUUUCCUUCUUUUGUCUGCACAUAAAAAGUUUAUUCUUUUUACUGUUCAUUUGGUGCUCAAAUAUUCUUUGUGUUAGAGUUUUUUGUGUACUGUUAUAUAGACAUGUCUGUCUCUCCCACUCGUAUUCUUUCUCUAUGCAUUGUAACUCCUGAAGAGCAGGAAUCACAUCUUUUAUAUCUUUGGGCAUAUAUAUUUUUUGGAUUUGUUUUGCUAGUACAGGUGCAUGUAGUUGUGUUAAAUGAAUGAGGUACGAGAAGAGUGCUAUCAUGAGAAAUGUUGAUCUACACCAAGGGUUGGUAAACUUGUCCUGUGAAGGUCCAGAUGAUAAACACUGGAGGGGUUGUAGCCUCUGCCUUUGUCUCAACUACUCAAAUAUGCGAUUGUAGUAUAAAAGCAGGUGUUUAAGUGAAUGGGCAUAGUUGUGUGCCAGUAAAUUUAUUUUAAAUAAUGGCAGCAGAUAUGGCUCAUAGACUGUAGUUUGCCAACCCCUGUUCUGUAGACUCUAUGGAUUUUAAUAGCAAUGAUAGAAAUGUUAUGACAGAAGAUUUAUUCAGGUCUAGAAAUCCAAUGUAUGUAUAGUGGGAUGAGUUAAGUGAGUACUUUAAGGAUACAUCAUCAAAUCAUGGUACUGUACAUGGAGCUGGAAUAAUAAGAAUCAGUUACAAUGGAGUGUGAGAUGUGUGGCAGUUUCAACAGUUUUCUGUAGUUAGGCUUAUACCUAACCAUGAGGCCUCCGUGCCCUGCAUGUAUGAGAGAAGAGAAUGAGAAGGCUGGGACUAAGCUGUGGAAUGAGUUGCCAUCUAAAGUUGAGGGAUGAAUCAGAGUCCUGUGCUGAGUUUUAAUUAUUGGAAAAGUGGCACGAUGGACGAAAAGGUGAAGGCUUUGAGAAUGUUUAAGAGGAAAUUUGUGGACUAUCACAGGUGUUUAUUCUAAUAGGUUUAUUUCUCUUUAGAAUUAUUAUUAAGCCAGGGAUGUGACUUGCCUUUCUUCUGGGCCCAACAUUAGAACUAUGGUCAGUAUGUAUGUUUUUCCUGGUUUUACUUCCUCAAGCCUUUAUUUUUUUAACCAAAAAUGACUUUUCUAUGUCUUUAUUGUUUAGAAUAAGCUGCACUGCUGAAACAAAAAGACUCAAUAAUAAUUAAAAGUCUAUAUUAUUAAUAGACUUAACUUUUCUCUUUUAGGAAAUGGUUCUGAGAUGAACUUUAUGGAUCAAGCAGUAGCUGUGCUCCACAUUUAGUGAUGCAGGGACCUAAGAUGACCUAUUCUUAUGUCAUCUUCUACACUUGGCUUCCAAAGUUAAAAAAGCAGAGAGUUUUUAGUCUCUUAAGGUACUAUGGGAUAGGCUUGGAGAGGUAUUACAUGUCCAGUAAAACUUGUGGAAGAAGAAUGAAUUUCAGUGGACAGUUAGCUGUAUAUACCGCUGUCCUCUUGGCCAGAAACAGGGUAGUUUUCUUUUUGGUAUUGCAAAAUUUCCAAGGCACUAUUGAUCCCCAAUUAUAAGGGGUUCCUAGAAAUAGAUAUUUACAGGAAAACUUCAUUUCUUCCUAAAAAAAAAAAAAAGUAAAAAGGAAAUGGCAGAACAUCAGCAUUUUUACUUUGCGCUAGAGCAGGAACAUUUGACACCUUGCUGGGCUCAUUAUAAGCUGCCCUCCAGGGUGUAACUUAAUAGGAAGGGGGAUAGUCUCACUUGUACAUUCUAAGCUAAGAAAGAGAGAGAAAUAGCUAUCAUGGUUCAGUUAGAACUCGAAGCCAGAAUUUAAGUUUAUGUAAUGAUACCUGAUAAGGAAGAAAAGAUACAGCUAAGAAAAGAUGCUGACAUUGAGAUUUGAGGGAAGGGCUUCCUUUACAGGAAUUGUGCUUAUUAGGUGAAUGAACAAUAGUAAAAGUUAUAAAAGUGUCAUGAGUAUUUAGUGCAUGAAUUUAAUGGCAUUUUGUAGGUCAUAGUCUAAAAGGAAAUCCUACAUUGUUUGAAAGAUGCCAACUUACUGUGUCUUAGAAUAAAAGUUAUGUUUGUAUGUUGUAUGAAACUGAAACUAAUCCACUAGUUCAGGGUAUAUUAGGAAGAAUUAUUAGCUUAACCUUGUAUAGUGUUUCCUCACCACAUUGUUUACUUAAUCACAAUUUUUAGGUUUAGACAUGUGCUUUUUAAUUUUAAUUUAUCAGGCUUGGAUAUCGCUAUUAAACAGCCUUAAAUGUAUAACUUUGCAUUAUUAGAAAUGUUUUCCUUUCCUAUUACUUUUCAUGGUACUUACAUAUAAUUAUUAUUUUAUACAAUGAAAUGACAGAUUGCUGUAAUACACAUCCUUGAACUUGGACACUACAUAAUUGUGAAAUGUUGCAAGGCUUCAAUUAAAACAUUGUUCUAAAGGGUUAUACUAUGUAAUAUAUACAUAUAUAUGUAAUUCUACAAGUGUAUACUAUUAUUACUGAUAUAAACUGUACCUGACCUGGUAAUGUCAAAACAUAAAAGAUCAUUGUAGAUCACGUGUCUUUUUCUAUAGGCUUAUUUUCCUUAUCCUACACUGCAGUGGAGUAAUCUGGUAAGCAUAUAUUGCUUUAAAGAUAGUAAAAGAAAGUCAACUUUGCAAUGCUAGAAAGAGGUAGCUUCUCUUAAUGGGGGAGAAAAGUAUAAGAAUGAGCACAUCCUGACCUGGUCAUUGUGUGCAAAGGAUCUGUGUUUCAGUUCACCUUUGUGCCACCCAUGAAUGUGGGGUUCCAGAACACCAGUGUGGCACCUCACAGAUUGAAAGGGAAUGCAGCAUCCUGGUCACAGCAGGCGAUAGUUCCUUUACUACAUUAUAUCAGGAUUGUCAGACUGCGUAAGAGGUAUUGUGUUUUAUUAAUAGGCAAUACUUUAAAAAGGAUACUGACACGUUGAUGAAGAGGGAGGUGUGUCAAGAAGGCGAUAAAAAGAUGUUGAGGAUUCAUAUAGGAAAUGAUUAAAGGGGCUGCAUGUUUUUAAUCUGGUGAAAAGAAAGCAAAGGGAAAGUAAGCUAUUUGUAUUCAAACGUCUGAGACAGUAUCCUCUCAAGUUAGUGGUGCUGUGUUGCUUUAGAGCAAGGAAACCACUCUAAGAUUGGGUAGAAUAGGUCAGCAGAAUUCAUCUCAGUGUAAGGAACGGGUUGUCCUUCUGGCUGUUGAUCAGUAGACUACUUCUUGAAGUACAGGACUCCUGUGUUACCAGAAGAACAGAGGCAGAAGCUAGAAACCACUGGAGGACCCACCAGUACUGUGGCAGCCUAGUGCUGCAGAAGCCAUGGAGAGGGUGGGGUCCAGCGUCACUGGAGCCUGUUAAGGGAUUACACCAGAACCAGGAAGAAACCCCUUUCCUUCUUCAGUGUCCCUCCAGUGCCCUCUAUUGACAAGACUUCAAUGCCAGCCCACAAAGGAAAAGUAUUUAAAGACCCAGAUCCAUUUUCACAGAGCAGUCAAAAGGGUAAAUUUAAAGCGGACAGGCAAUACAUUGAUAACCAUUAAUGUUGUUUUCAGUGAUAUUGUAGGGGUGAGGUAGCACCUCAGCACCUGUGCAACACUUGAAGGUGGCAACUGCUGCACCUGAACAUGGCCAAGAUGGUCAAGUCAAGGUAAAAUAGGAGACAAGGCUAGACCAUGGUCGGGGCACUAGUAUUGGAGUGAUAGUUUACCAGAACAGAAAUCAAGGAAGCAUCACUUGGCUGUUCCAGGAACUUAGAAUCCAAAUCAAACAUGGAUUACAUAAGAUAUGAAGAUCUGAAAAAAUUAUGAGACUUACACAUGUGUGAGGAAAGUAGGCUAAAAAUAGGAAGAAGCCAAGAAGAGGACUUGAAUAAGGGAAAUUGGGACCUAGGACUGACCCACAUCAAAAGAAGAUGAGGUGAGGUGAUCUUGAUCCCUACACUUCCUUUCAUCCCCCGGGUACUCAGAGAUCCCGUAGGUACCCAGCUUUGAUAUCCAUCACAAAGUCAAAAGCUACUAAAGUUUAGAAAUUGAUUCACUGAGAUGCCUAGCUAAAAAUUAGCCAGAUGCCAUCCAUCCCUUGCACUUCCCACUCCUGCUUUGCCACCUUCUUUGCCCAUCAAGAAAAAGUUUUGGAUUGUUACAGUGCAGUAACUACUUAGUGGGAAUGGUUUUGUUUUAGGCUUUUAUUUUUAUAGAAUUAUUAAUCUUUCUGUGAAAGGUUUGGGUUUUGAAUAUGUGUGGGGAGGUUUUGCCUGGAAGCAGUGUCAGCACUCUGCCCAUGACUGUCGCUUAAGCUUGGCUGCUCUGCUCUCAAGUUAUGGGCCUUCUUUCCAUAUGAAUUCACUUCAUAAUGAAUCCAGGCAUAUUCAUUUAAUUAGUUUAUUCUGUUUAGUGAGAUUGUACUUCCAUUUAAUUAACGAAGUUGGCAUUUGUGCCAGUAAGUAAGCCUUGUAAUCAACAGUGGUUGUAAUGCCUGCAAUUGUGGGAAAACAUCAAAGUCAAAUCUUUCUGGGAGAGAAAUUUUACCAAUGGAAUGUACUGGGUUAGGAGGAAAUAUCUUCAUAUUUAUGGCUAUGUAUUUAAAUUAAGCUUUAGGCAUUAUAAAAAAAGUCUUUCAUAGGUGCAAUAGGGACCAUUAAAAUUUUGUGUAGUAAUGUUCUUGAUUUUGAAACUUUAGAAAACAGCUUUGUGGUCUCCACCCUUCACUUUGCUUUUCUGGGAACUUCCUUACUCUUAUCUACAUGGUUCAGCAGAUUUGGCCAUCUUAGUACAACAUGACCUUCAUUCAAUUUGUCACCUGACCUAGGAAUAUGGAAUUGAGUCUAGGAUUCCUAACUCCACCAGCAGCCCUUUUGAAUAGUGGAGUCUUACCUGAAGUUGUUAGGUAGUGACCAUUUUCUAUCAUACAGACCAGAGAACAGUGAAAAUCAAUUCACAGUAGCAUGCAGAAUAAUGCUGAUGUACAGAGUGGAGGAGAAUAAAAUGUGGAUCAAGAGGACUCCCUUGCCCCAGUAUUACUCUCUAGUCCCUAAUUACAGUCCAUUCCCAAGGUUUCAUUGAAUCCUUCUAUUUAGGCUCCAUGAGAGACAUGCUUGUAUCCUUUGGGUAAAUUUCCAUUCUUGCUUAAACUAAGUAAAUGUUUAUUCCUGUGGUACAAAUAAUAAAUAUAUGUGAAGUAAUUAGACAAAAAACGAAGAUCUUGGUAGAGAGUGGGCAAAGGACAUGAGUGAUUCUAAAAAGAGAAAAAAGAUAAAUAAACAUAUGAAGAAAGAUCAGCCGCAUUGGUAGCAAACAAUUACAAAAACAAUAAGACAAAGGAAAAUAUUUUCUUUUGGGGGGAGUGGUUAUCAAAUUGGGGGGAAAAAAGAGGGAUACUAGUGAAAGCAUGAAGGAUAGCAUGGUAUGGAAACUCCCUAGACUGCUAGGGAGAGUGUCAAGUGAUUGCAUAAUUCAUGGUCCCAACAGGAAACAGAUGGCCCACUCAGAUUAGAAUAAUUAAAAAAGAGUUUCUAUACAAAGGAUUAUUCACAGAGAUGAGGGUAUAGGAGAACCAUUAGGAUGGUGCAGUAACCUGGGACUGAUAUAGGUGGGGAAAGAGGUGCCAGAAGGAGUUAGGGCCAUAACCCUGAGUCAAGGGCCAAGCCAGAUACUCAGAAAUUAUUAAUCAUUCCUUUAAAUAUUAACAUUCUAACAUUUAUUAGAACUGAAAUUGUAAAAUUCUGAAUCUAGGCUAAGACUUUAGUGCUUAAUGAAUGAGCAAGCCCAUAUAUACAUAUUAUAUUCCCAGCUAUUGAAUUCAGCACCCCCUUCGUUUCAUUAAUAAUAAUAUAUAAUGAUAGCUCAUAUUCAGCAUGUGCCAUACACUGUCAAAAGCUCUUUCCUGGGAGGAAGUGCCAGUAUUACCACUGUACUUCUAUCAACUGAUGAAGCAACCAAUGCCCAAACCCUACCUGUCUCCUGUAAGACCUGAACCCCCAAUAGCUAGUCUGCUUUGUUGUAGAGGUAUGUCUCUUACUUUGAAAACAAACGAAGCAUUAUCUCUUCAGGUUUUGAUUAUGUUGAUUCAGUUGAAGAAGAGCUUCAGAUGUUGCUAAAACUUGAUUCACAUUUGAAAAUGAAUGCUUGAAUUCUAUAAGAAUUAUGCAAUUAAAUUUUAAAAGAUACCACAAAGAUGACCUAGUCAUACUAGUUUCAUGUUAAAGAUAUAAAAGUAUAAACUUUCUUAAAAUUUACUUUAGAGCUUCCAAGGAAACAGAUAAUUAAAUAAACUGCUGAAUAAAGUUCCACGUGUACUUUUUUUUUCUGUCAAAAGAAGCAGUUGGACCUUCAGUCUCCACAGCAGAGUCAGCCACAACCCCAGGAAGCCAAGAAGAUGAAGAGAUGAAGGGCUACUCCCCUUCUGCAGCAGCACUUAAAACAGCUUCCGCUAUAGCCAAUGUCACCGAUUAUGACCAGGAGAGGGUUACAGGACUCACAGUUCUCUGAAAAGGAUGAACCGUCUUACCAAACCAUUAAAAGCCAUACAGUCUCAAAGAAAAUUGACAGGAGAACACAAGAGUCUCCAGCAGAGGCAAGUGAAGAUCCUGUAAUUAGCCUAUGUAGACCCCCUCUAAGAAACCCCAGAUCUGAUUCAGCUUACAAAACCAACAGAAAUACUAAAAUGAGUGAAUUAUAAAUGGCCAGUUUCCUGCAGAAGGUCAGUUCUCCAAAGAAGGAGAAACCAAAGAUGAUGAUCAAGAUAGCUGUUACAGUGAUGUCACUACCAUUAAGGUCAGAUCCAGGGAUUCUUUUGAAUCUGGAGAUUAUCUGGUCAACAUUCAGAAUCACUUUGGAGAUUAUCACAAAGUCAAAACUUCACAGUUUAUGAAAAACAAUUUUCAGUUCUGAGCUCAGGAUAUAUAAAAAAAAUCCUCAGGAAUGUAUUGAAUAAAAUGUAAGAAUGAGGACUAGGAUGCAAAAUGACAGUGUUCAGAAAUCAGUGUUUAUAAACCACUCUCCAUCAACAUCCAGCCAGUCAACAAAUGACUGAACAAACAAAUCUUUUCUCAAGAGGAAAUGGGGGUAGUGGCUGUUUUAGUUACUCUCGCCUUCGGGAGAUUUUGGUUCCUUCAUACUUCCGAGGUAGGAACCACUGCUAUUCAAGAAUUCCAAAACCAGAUGCAACAACUUACGACUAAGUACCAAGGUCAAAAUGAGAACCUGUGGAAAAGGAGCCAAACGUUCCUGGAAAAACAUCUUAGUAGUUCCUAUCCUUGGAAUCAGCCUUCUGUCUUACUGCUCACUGCUGCUCGAGAUGCCCAAGAAGUGCUUAAGUGUCUGAGUGAACAAAUUGCGGAUGCCUAUUCUUCCUCCCAUGGUGCCCGUGCCAUCUGGAUUGAUGGGACAGGCAAAGACAGUAAUGUUGUCAAACUAGAGGUAGAUCAGCAGCUGAGCAGUGGAUUCAGAAAUGGCCAGAAUGCCGCAUUGGUACACCGCUUCAAGUUGCUGCCUGCAAACUCUACUUUGAUCUUCUAUAAAUAUUGUGACUAUGAAAAUGCAACCUUCAAAGAUGUAGCCAUUGUUCUGACUGUCCUAUUGGAGGAGGAGACACUUGGAACCAGUCUAGGCUUAAAGGAAAUUGAAGAAAAAGUGAGAGAUUUCUUCAAAGUCAAGUUCACCAACUCUAACACACCCAGAUCUUACAAUCACAUGGACCUAGACAAACUGGAUGGGCUCUGAAGAUGAAUUUCUUACUUAGUCCUGCCUGUGCAACCAGAAAAUGCCCUGAAAAGGGGAUUCUGCUUCUAAUAGGUGAAAGAAGAGAAAAUCAUGUCUCAGGUUCUGAGAAUUUUUCAAUACUUUGUAUCCAGAAAGCAAAAUUCAGAACACUUUUGGAAAGAACUGGUUUCUUUUUAAAGGAAGUUCAUGGAUCAUCUGAAUCAUUUAUUUAACCUAAUUAUCUGUGACUUGUGAAAAUCAUUUCUCUGUUUCUAUUGAGAGCUGUGUUAAGGGUAUUUAGGAGAAUAAAUUAUAUGCAUCCUGUAGAGGAUCUGUUUUGAUUCUGGACUGUCUUUAUUGCUGCAGGGUGCCAGUGAGAGGAGUUAGGCUCCUUUCCAAAGAACAGUCACCGCUUUUUAACUUAGAUUUCUCACUGUUUGUUAUUAGUAAGGCAGCUCUCCGAUUGUAACCACAGACUUUCCCAUUAUGGUUCCUUUUAUACUGUUGAGAUGUGAGUUUCCUAGUCAGCUUCUGCUUGUAGGAACAAAAGUAAUGAGAAGUCAUCUGGGUGUGUAUUUCCCUUUUGUUUUUGGAGGAUGAGGAGGAGGAAAGAGAAGAGAGGAAUUGUGGAAAAUGCAACAGAAGAGAAAAAGUCUUCAAGAUGAAAUUCUUGAGUCUCCCAAGGAUUUGUAAAGCCUAUAUACCAUGAGGUUUAAUAUAUUUGCUCAUUUGACUGUUAUUUUAGACUUAACCAGAAGUUAAGUUUUUUUGUUUGUUUAUUUUUUAAUAAGCAAUAUGGUUUCAGAAAUUGGCACACAGUUUGUUAACCAGCCAUCCUGGGCUAUUGAAGAAGGAUUUAAUUUUCUGUUUGUCCAUUUUUUUUUUUUUUAGUCUAAGUCCUUUUGUGACACUCUGACACAAAUCUAAAGAUUUACUAUUCACAUGAUAAAUUUUAUUAAGAGUGCCUCAAGCUAAAAAGAUAGUAAACUUACCACAAGUGAAGAAUGUUAGAUGUAUUUUCUAUAGUGCUGUAGUAUUUUACUUGUAACUUUGCAUCGAAAUGAGCUUUCUCAAACCUUUCAACGUCUUUGAUUUUUAUAAAAUAUUAUAAUUCUGGACUCACCUAUUUUGGCCACAGGCCUUUAAUGAAAAGAUUGUUUUUAGAGUAUUAAAGGCAGUCACUAAUUUUAUCAUUUAUUCUUUGAGGGUCUCAUAACUGGUAGCAGAGAGUAGUCUAAUUUCUUUCUAUUAGGACUGUCAGUAUUCAUAAAUCUAUACCCUUUAUUUUAAUUUGUUGUUAACUAGUUAGAUAAUCUGAUUUAUUUUAUAGAGAAUCCUCUAUAAAACAGGAGUUUUGGAAAAGGCUUAUUUUAUACAAGCAUAUUAUAUGGAGAAAUAUUUUUAUUAAAUAUUUCACUGACCCCAGUAAUUUUAUGUCUUUCAGGAUAAAUAAUUGAAGCAGCUUAUGUGUAAAGGACUCUAAAAGCCAUUUUAGUAAUUUAAAUAAGCUUACUUUUUUUAGUUUAAAGGAACAACAACGAAGCAGUUGGUUUUACAGAAAAGGAAAUUAAUUAACUUUAAUUAAUUAAAAUACUUUAAUUCUUCAAAAAGUCAGAUGUCAAGUGCAACUUUAAAUAAUCAGAAUAUUGGGCAAAGAACUUCAAAAUAAUUGGGGUUAGUAUUGUAUUUGUAGCAAGAUGUAUCUCCUUUCAGUCAGUCAGCCCCCACCCUCGCCGCUGCAAGGAAAAUAGUCCAGCAUCUUACAUUUUGAAGUUAUUCCAUGAAAUGCACAUAAACUAAUUUAUAGUAAUGUAGUUCUUGAAAUCUGAAUGGUUGACCAAUGUAUGAAAAUGUGAUAACUUGUUAAGAGUAACUUAUUACAAAUUACUCACUAUACUCAGAAUCUCAUGCAAUUGCUACAUGGCAUUGUCAUACAGUUAUUUAUCUUUUAUAGGUGGGCAAAUUUGAAACCUAAGAAUGCUAAAACAUUUACAUAAUUAAUAAAUAGUGGAGCCAGGGCUUAAAUACAGAUUCUCAUAAUUAAUCCUGUACUGGCAAUAAAAUUAUAUUGCCCCAUUUUUCUCCUCUCUUUUAUAAAGCUCCAAAAUAAACUAGACUUGGGCAAACCCGAUUAAUCCCAUGAAGGCAAUCUACUUAAUUCUUAGAUGAUAAAAUGAAUGAAACAAGUAACUAGAAAACCCAUCUCGCUAGUUGAAGGUACCAGAAUUUCCAUAUCCUAGUUUCCUUCUGUUUGCAUAUCCAGAUCCUGUCCAUUAGAGUCCAGCCUCCAGUAUUCCUUAAUAACUCUUCAUCUAAAACUUGAUUUGACUGUUUUCAUUGCCAUUGAUUAUGUUAUGCAGACCACUGAUUUUUCUGUGAUUUGUACUUUUUAAUUCAUUUAGACUGAACAUUUUCUGAGGUCAGGGACUGUAUGUGAUAUUUUUGUUUUGUACUUUAAAAUUCAUAGUUUUGCAUUUGAAAUCCAAAGUGUGUGAAUUGGAUUUCUUCCACAGCAUAUUUAUUUGAAACCCUGAUUAAACCCAACAUGUAAAGCAAAUCAGGACCACCACAUAGUAUCGUGCAGGUUCUGCACUUGCUCAAGGGUGCUUCAUGGAAGAGGUGGCAUUUGCAUUGUGGAUAGGUAAAUUUAUGAUACUUUUUCUGGCAAAUGAUGAUUAAUGUAUUUGAAGAAGGAGAACUGAGUUCUGAAUUUAUUAAAUACCCUAUAAGAGUGUAAAAUUUCUACUCACUGCCACAUAGGAAAGAUUUGUGUAGCCAGGCACACUGGUACACACCUGUAAUCCCAGCAACUUGGGAGGCUAAGGCAGAAGGAUCACAAAUUUGAGGCCAGCCUAGUCAAUUUAUCGGGACCCUCAAUAUUUGGACAACACUGUCUCAAAAUAAAAAAUACUAAAAAAUAGAACUUGGUCGUAAGUCAGUGGUAAAGCGACCCUGGGUUCAAUCUCCAGUACCAAACAAAACAGAACAAACAAACAAGAAAAUAAAAAAAAAACAAAAAAUUUGUGGAUUACAGUCAACUUUGAGUUUAUUCAGAGAAUGGAUCAAGAUAAAAAUGACACUUAAAGCCUAAGUGAAAAUGAGAGGGAAAAAUCUAUAAAGUAACGAAUCUCUAUAAAGUAACAUAAAACUUUUUCAAAAGUUACUUUUACAACAAGUCUGAAAUAAAAGUUAAUGGGAAAUGAUUUAUUUUUGGCAGCAGGGUGCUGGGUCUCCAUCCCAGGGCCUCACACAUGCUAAGCAUACGCUGUACCACUGAGCUAUACCCCCAGGCCCAAGAACAUUCUUUCAAGAUUCUAGGGCUGUGAGUGUAUCACAGUGAUAGAAUACUUGCCCAGCAUGUGUGAAGUCCUGGGUUCAGAUCAUAGCACUGCAAAGAAAAAAAUUUUAAAUGAGAAAUAUCCUUUAAAUGACUCCUUUAUAACACUGUGAAAGGGUUGCAUAGUUACUGUGAUCAAAAGCUUAACCUUUUCUAAGAAAUGGGCCCAUAUAAAAACAGAUACAAGCUUCUGCUAGAAGCUUUAUAGAAAAUUAAACUCAAAAAUACCUUUUAAUAUUUCCUAAGUAAUGACUUUGCUGCCUUGAUUUUACUGAAAAAAAUUCUCACAGAAGAAAAUAAAAAACUUGUUAGCUAUUUUAUUUGAUUUGAAAUAAUUAGAAGCAAAAUCCCAAGUGGUUAAUGGCUAUAAUAUGAGCUAAAGUACAGAAACCUUAGAGCUGCAUCUGGUAUCUAAUGAACAGAUCUAAAAAUGUUCAUUUGUUUAAGGAGCUAAUUUAAUUGCUUAGUUCAGCAGGAGCUUUACCUUUUCAGCUGUAGAAGUCAAAUUACAAAUUCUUGAUGGCCUCUUGAUUUUAGUGUCUUAACAGAAGGGUAAGGUAGAAUUAAUGGCAGAUGAACUGGCAAACAUAUAUAUAUAUAUAUAUAUAUAUAUAUAUAUAUAGUAUCAACUGUUUCUCAGAUUUAAAAAUAUUUCUGUUAAAAGAUGACACAUGGAGGUCAGGAUGAAAUUUUGCAACCUGUAACUGUCUCUCAUUUUGCUAUGAUGAUGUGUAUUGGCAGGUAACUAUUUCCUUGGGCAGCAUCUGAGAAGCUUCUUUGACUUUAGUGAGAAAGAGUACCAUGUCUGUCACUAAAGUCAGUGCAUUUUACUUUGUGUCAACCAGACACUUCUGUGUUUUCUGUGAAGACUUUGAUGUUUGUAUUUUUCAGCUAAAACCAUCAGCUUUUGGAAAAGUUUGGUAUUGGACACAGCCAUGAUCCCAUUCCCAUCGAAGAGUCCUCUGCUAUUUUUAUCUCUUAUGAAGGGCUACAUUUGUCAGUUUCAGUACAGACACAAAUCUCUCUCCUUACACAUUAACAUCUUUCUCUUGGCUCGUAAGUGUGAAAUAAGUCAUUUGGCCUUACUGUCAUGGCUGUCAAAAAGACAAGCGCCUGGGUCUGUGUCACUGUGAGAGCUUUCAACCACCCACUCCACUAGUUCCUAGACUUUGCAUUUUAACCCUGUUUCUGUUUAUUUAUUAGGUACUGGGGAUUGAACCCAAAGGCACUUUACGAGUGAGCUACAUCUCCAGCCCUUUUUGUUUUUCAUUUCAAGACAGGGUCUAGGUAGGUUGCUUAGGUAAGUUGCUGAGUAACAUGCAACCCUCCUGCCUUAGCCUCCCAAGUAGCUGGGAUUACAGAUGUGUGCUACUGCGCCUACCUUAACUCCUGCCUUAAAUAGUUGUCUACACGUUUUGUAACUCAAGAUUUUUGUCGGGAUUGAGUAGAAUAUGAAGAAUGAAUUCUCUGCUUUCUUGUUUUCCUGAGCUGCUUUCUUCCACCAUGAUAUUCUGCCUCAUCUGGGGCCCAGAACUACGGAGUCAGCCAGCUAUGGAUUAAGACCUUUAAAAAUGUGAGCACCAAAUAAACUUUUCCUUCUCCAAGAUUUUUUUUUUUUUUGUCAAGUCUUUUGGUCACAGAAACACAAAAAGCUGACUGAAACAGAAAGUGAUACUGAGAAAUGGGGUCACUGCUGUGACUACUCUGACUCCACGUGGUUCAGAAACCUUUGGGGCUGCUUUCUGGGUGGAGGAAUUUUUGAAAAGUUUAGAGAUGCAAGCUGGAAAAGCUUUAGAAUAUUGUAAAUGGAGUUCAUUGGGUGAUUCUGAUGGGAAGACCAGAAUGCUGAUAGGACUGUGGACAGUAAAGACUAGGCCCAUGAUGUUUCAGAAGAAAAGGAGGACUAUUGGAAAUUGAACUCGAGGCCAUUCAUUUUACAUUCUGGCAAAGAAGUUGUCCACAUUUUGCUCAUGUCCUGAGACUUUCUGUAUGGUUGAAUUGAAAGAUGAUGGACUAAUUAAUCUGGUGGAGGAAAUUUCAAGGCAGCACAGCAUUUACAUGGUGGGUGGAUAUUACUGACAUCUUUUAGCCAAGUUUACUGUGAUAAUCAAGAACAGAAAGCAAAGAAUAAAUAUUUGAAAAACUUUCAGUUUGGCCAGUAAAUUGCAAGUAAAACUGGGGCUAAGGAAACUAUGGUUGUUAAAUAGAUUAUAGCCACUAAAAACAUGCUAAGUACUUUAGCCAGAAACAAUAGUAAAUCUGGCUUGAGGACCUCUCAGAAGUUGGCAAGUCAAUACUCAUCUCAGACUCAAGGGUUUACAAGUAAAAAUUCCUUUGAGAAGAGGCCAUGGGGCAUCCUACUUGCACAGAGGGUCCCAGGAAGUUUUUCCACCAUGCUCAGUUGCCCAGGAAUUCAGAUGCUGCUACAAACAUUGUUAAAGAGGCUUGGCUGUUGCUCAAGAUGAUAAAAGACCUUGGUGGCAACCACAUGAUAUUGGUUCUGUAGGAAGACAGGAUGCUAAAGUUAGUGGGUCAUGGAGGUUUCCUCCAAGAUUUUACAGGCACAAUGUAGCAGGGUUGGAGUUCCUGCAGCCUGCCCUGAUAGAGUGAUGCAUGAAGAUCUGAGAAGGAAGCCAAAGCUACAGUUGAGAAACCCCUUCCCCAGAGUAAAAGACGCUGGUAACCUGGAUCAUCUGCUGAGGAAAGCUGCAGGAAUCAAGCAGAUAUAAGCCAAGAGGGAAGCCAUGUGGGCUACAACUAGCAAGGCCAUAAGCGCAGAGGUAAAUAAGCCUUUUGAAGAGAGCAUCACAAUACCAAAUGUGGAUGUGGAACUGCAGAACUUGUUUGCCUAGCUGAAUUUUGAUCUUGCUUUGGUUCCAUCCCUUCUUUCUAUCCCUGUUUCUCCCUUUUGGAAUAGAAAUAUUUACUCUGGGCCAUUAUAUAUUGAAUAUAUGUAACUUAUUUUUGAUUUUUACAGGGGCUCACAGUGGGAGUUUGUUUUGUGUCUCACAGGAGACUUUGCCUUUGACUUUUGUCAAUGCUACAACUUUUAAGACUAUGGGAUUCUUGGAAAUGAAGUAAAUGUAUUUUGCAUUAGGAAAUGGCCAUGAACUUUUGGGGCCAGGGGUGAAAUGUUAAGGUAUGGAUAUGCAAUGCCCCCCAAAAUCUCAUGAGUGAGACAGUGCAAGAAUAUUCAGAAAUAAAAUGAUUAGAUUAUGAGAGUUGUAACCUAAUUAAUGGCUUGAUUUACUGAUAUGGAUUAACCAGAUGGUAACUGUAGGCAGAGUAGGGUAUGUCUGGAGAAGGUAGGUCAUUGGGGGCAUGCCUUUGGGGUAUAUAUUUUGUCCCUGGUGAGGGGAGCGCACUACCUAUCCAAUUCUUGGUUGCAAUAUCCUAAGCUACUUUCCUCAUUCAUGCCCUUCUGUCUAUUUGUUCUGCCUCAUCUUGUGCCCAAAGCUAAGGAGUUAGCUAUGGACUGAGACCUCUGAAACCCUGAGCCCAAAUAAACAUUUCCUCUUUUUUUAAAAAAAAAUUGAUAAUCAAACCUGCAAAGUCAUUGCAACAGGAUUUUUCAUUAUCUAAUUUAUCAGGAAAGAAAUAGAAUAGAAGUUUUUGAAAAAGGAACAAUGUUAGAAGCGACUUGCUCUUACAGGUGUUAUCUAAGGCAAACACAAUUAAAACAUUGUAGCAUUGAUCUAGGAAUAUCUAGAUGGAUCAGGAAUUGGAUGAAACAAGCUAUGUAUUAAUGGGAAUGUAGUAUAUUAUAAAAGUGAAAUUUCAGAUCAGUAAGAAAAGGGUAGAUUACAGAGUCAAUGGUUUGGGGAUAAUUGAUUGUGCAUUUGGAGAAAUAGAGAAGUGUAAAUUCCUUUCACAUUCACAAAAUUUCACAUGGAUUUAAGAACUCAAUAUGAAAACCUAGAACUACUAGAAGAAUGUAUAGAAAAGUACAACUUUACGAACUAUAAAAUAAAAUUGAUAAAUUUUAUAUUAAACUUAUUAUACCAGUUAUAUCAUAAAGUUGUUAAAUUUUCUUUGUAGUUGUAGAUGUUUAUUUUUAUGGGGUGCUAAGGAUUGAACCCACGUGCUAGGCAAGCACUCUAUCACCGAGCUACAACUACAGCCCCAUUAUAAAGUUUUAAAGGUAUGUGUGGUUGUUAACAUAUUUGUGAAACUCCUACUAAACAUAAUUUUCAUGGUUACAUAAUAUUUCAUAAUGCAACUGUAACAUUGUUUAGAUAAUAGUUUUCAGUUACAUUUCAGGCUCUCCUAUAAAAUUCUUUAAAUUCUUGAGUAAAUUUAUGUUUUCUAAAAGGUGAUAUGGAUUGAAUAUUCCUUAACUGAAAUGCCUGGGACAAAAAGUGUUUCAGAUUUGAGGUUUUGAAUUUUGGAAUAUUUGUGCAGUUUUUGCCAUUUGAGCAUGAUUAAUCCCCAAACCCCAGAUCUGAAAAAUCAACAUGAAUGUUCAAAUAAUUUUGCAUUUUGGAGCAUUGGGGUUUUUCAAAUUAGAGAUUAUCAACCUAUACUCUGAACUGGUUCAGAUAAUCGAAUUAGAACACUCUCUUGAUCUAGAUACUUUUCUUUCUUGGAAUUUCACAUUUAAUAUUCUGAUUUGGUUGAGAAAUGCCUUUCUACAUUUGUUCUUUUUUUGUACUAGGGAUUGAAUACAGGGGAGCUUUACCACUGAGCUACAUCCCAGCCCUUUACUUUAUAUUUUGAGACAAGGUCUCACUAAGUUGCCAGGGUCUCACUAAGUUGCCAGGGUUGGUGUGGAAUUUUUUAUCUUUCUACCUCAGCCUCCAGAGGAUCUAGGAUUUAUAGGUGUGGACCAUCAUGCCCAGCUAUGUUUGUUCUUUUUGCAAAGUGACUUAUAGCACUACAUUUUAUAAUUAUUUGUAGUUACUAAUUUGUUCCCCACUUUUUUAUUGUGAUAAACCAUCAGGAAAGAUUUUUAGAUUUAGGUAGUAGAAUCUUGUUUUCAAGGUGUGUGUUAGGAUGAAACCCAAAUCAUAAAGCAUAAAGUAGGCACCCGUGAUAAAUGGUGUUGGGGUUCCAGACUCUGGUCUGUCUAGCUUUUCCUCUGGAAAUCCCUACCAGGUUUAGGUCCCCUCUGCAGAUUUCUUGGAACUUGCUUUGAAAACCAUUGAUUGAUGGUAAAAUUGCUUAUGUGAAAAAAAAAAAAAAAAGCAAUGUGUUGUCAUUAGAGUAACAGACCCAAUGACAUUCCCAGGACUUAAACACCAGUCUUUUUUAACAUGAAUACAUUGUGCUUCUUGCAGUUGUGUAAGCAUGUUGGCGUUCUUCUAAUAGUUCUCAAAGGAUAACUACUGAUGUGCUCAUAAAUUUCUUUGGAAGAUAGAACCUAAAGUAUAAGGUCUUUGUCUUCUUUUACUUCAAGAUGAAGGUUAUUAUGCCUGCCCCAGGUGUUCCUCCUUGUGUGAAUGAGUACUGUGAAUGUUUCCAAAGAACUGUCUUUGCCAGAGGGCAGAGCAGAGCUGGUUUAGCUCCUUAACUGCACUGUGGACUUUACUCCCCACCCCCAGCAAUAAUUUUCAAGGAAGUCUGCAGAAAAAUACUUGAUCACCCUACCCCAGCACAUGUUUGGGCAUAGUAAAUGUUCUCCCUCUCUAUAAAUCUGGAUCCUGUGCCAGAUACCUCGGGCUCACGUCCCACUUGCAUUUCUUUAAAGCAGUAGAGAAAGCUUUUAGGUUUAGCAACGAUUGAGAAGAAUCCUACAAAUAACUUGCAUGUUAGUCACCUUCUGAAUUAUGAUUGGAAACUGAGGUACAGCUAUGGACUGUUUUUACUUACUUAUGUAUUUAUUUAUGAUAUUGGGAUUGAACCCAGGGGCAUCCUACCACUGUUAUAUCCCAGUCUUUUUUAUUUUUAAUUUUGAGACAAGGUCUCACCAAGUUGCUGAGGCUGGCCUUUUGAACUUAUCUUCCUGCCUUAGCUUCCCAAACUGCUGGGAUUACAGGUGUGCAUCACUAUGCCCUGAAUACCGACUGUUUUAUUAAGUUGAGUCUCUUCACUGGUGUUGUUCCCAUGAAUUCCUAGGUGAGGUUUAAUUGCAGCUUGCUGCACCUAGCAUAUUUCUUUUUUUUUUCAAAAGGAAUUUUUUGAACUAUAACUUAUUUAAAUUUUUUUCUUAUUAUACAUGACAGUAGAAUAUAUUUGACAUACAUAUAUGGAGUAUAACUUCCCAUUCUUAUGGUUAUACAUGAUGUGAUGCUUUUAUCUCUUGGACUUUCUGAUCAGUAAGAUCUAUGAGGGCAGGAUUUAUAUCCUGCUUACUUUUGUAUCCCCAGUGUCUGGCACAGGGCCUGCACAGAGCAGGGGCUCAGUGCAUAUUUCUAAACACCUGACUCCUGCCCAUCUGCGGAGGAAUCCUUCCACUUGUUUCUCAGCCAUGGCCUUUAUGACACUGCUUUAUUGCCGGGCUUGGUGGUGCACACCUGUAAUCCCAGUGGCAUGGGAGGCUGAGGCAGAAGGAUUGCAAGUUCAAAGCCAGCCUCAGCAAAAGUGAAACGCUAAGCAACUAAGUGAGACCCUGUCUCUAAAUAAAAUACAAAAUAGGUCUGAGGAUGUGGCUCCGUGGUCGAGUGCCCCUGAGUUCAAUAUCCAGUAUGGGAAAAAAUUUUUUUAAAAAAACCUGCCUUAUCAUAUCUUAGAUAAGCUGUUAGGAGCCUUUUUGUUUCUUCCCUCUAAUU